AUGGCAGACCCGUUGCAGGAGCGCACGUUCAGGCUGCUGAGGGACUACCUGGAGUACUGCGCCCGGGAGCCUGGCACCCCGGGGCUGCCGCCGUCCACACCCGAGGCCGCCGUGCUGCGCUCCGCGGCCGCUCAGUUACAACGGCAGCACCAGCCCUUCUUCUCCCUCUACCGCGGGUACCAGGGAAACCGCGUCGAGCUGAUGGCACGGAUGACAGAGGCUGUGUUUUCCGACAGCCAGGGCCUCAACUGGGGCCGGGUGGUGACGCUUGUGACCUUCGCGGGGACGCUACUGGAGAGAGGGCCGCAGGACACCGCCCGGGGGCAGAAGAGGGACAAAGUUGCCCUGGACUGCCAGCGUCUCGUGGCCUUGCUAUGUGCUCAGCUCGUGGGGCGGCACCGCGCCUGGCUGGAGGCUCGUGGUGGCUGGGAUGGCUUUUGUCUCUUCUUCAGGACACCCUUACCGCUAACUUUUUGGAGAAGACUGCUAGUCCAGAUUUUUAUGUCGCUGCUUUUAACAACUGCCUUCCUCUGUUUAUGGAAACAAUUUUACAGAAAGUUCUGA